AUGGACGCCGCAAUUGAUCUCACCGACCGCUCGAAGGCGCUCGACCUGGCCAACAUCCGCGCGCAACUAAUUCGCCUUGAAGACACAAUCACCUUCCACCUCAUCGAGCGCGUGCAGUUCCCCCUCAACAAGACCAUCUACGUCGCCGGCGGCGUCAAAAUCCCCGGCAGCGAGCUGAGUCUCAUGGACUAUCUCCUGCGCGAGCAAGAACGACUACAAUCGCGAGUCCGCCGCUAUGAAUCGCCAGACGAGCACCCUUUCUUCCCCGACGCGCUGGAGAAGCCCAUCCUCGAGCCGCUCGAAUACCCGACCAUUGUGCACACCAACACCGUCAACGUGAACGCAAGCAUCAAGCAGCGCUACGUCGAUGAGAUCCUUCCCAGUGUCUGCCCAAACGUACGGGCUGACCGUGGAGCGUCCAAGGAGAACUACGGCUCGUCGGCAACCUGCGACGUUAAUCUCCUGCAGGCGCUGUCGCGCCGCAUCCACUUUGGCAAGUUUGUCGCAGAGUCCAAGUUUCAAGAAAACCCGGAGAAGUUUGUGCAGUUGAUCAAGGCGAAAGACGAAAAGGGGAUUGAUGAUGCCAUUACAAACCUCAAGGUGGAGCAAAAGGUGCUGGAGCGCAUCAAGAUGAAGGCGCAGACAUAUGGCAGUGACCCUGCGUUGGCAGAGUACAGUAACAAGGUGGAUGCGGACGCUGUUGUCAAUUUGUACAAGAGCACUAUCAUCCCGCUCACCAAGAUAGUCGAGGUGGAAUACCUCUUGGAGCGCUUGAAGGGAACGCAAUGGGAGUAA